CGCUGUGGCCUCAGUGCGCCUGCGUUGCCGUUGCCGGGCACCCGCCGGGCGAAGAGACACGCCGGGGAAAGGUCGGGGCCGCGGAGAAUCCGGAAAUCCACCUUUCACCCGGAAAUGGUUCUUGGGAAACAUGGCGUUGCUGGUGCGAGUCCUUAGGAAUGGAACAAGCAUCUCCCAGUGGUUUCCAGUAUGCAGCCGAUUGGUCCCCGCGUCUCCCACACAAGGGCAGUGGGGCCGGGCUCUGUCUGCCACUCCUCAGUGGCCCCAGAUGAGCCUGUCCUUAGCAUGUGUUGGACCAGAACAGAUUCCUGGACUAGACAUGAAGACUAGUAGGAAGUAUCAUACCACGAAGAAGCUUUCUUCCACCAAGGAUUCGAGACAACCUGCUGAGGAGAAGGUUGGCACCCUCACGAGGAUAAUAGAAGCCAUGGGAUUCACAGGACCUUUGAAGUACAGCAAAUGGAAGAUUAAAAUCGCCGCCUUGCGCAUGUAUACUAGCUGUGUGGAGAAAACCGACUUCGAGGAAUUCUUUUUAAGGUGUCAGAUGCCUGAUACAUUUAAUUCAUGGUUUCUUAUAACUCUACUUCAUGUCUGGAUGUGUCUAGUCCGAAUGAAGCAGGAAGGCCGGAGUGGGAAGUACAUGUGUCGGAUCAUAGUUCAUUUUAUGUGGGAGGAUGUUGAGCAGCGUGGCAGAGUCAUGGGGGUUAAUUCCUAUGUCCUGAAGAAGAACAUGAUCCUUAUGACAAAUAAUUUCUAUGCAGCAAUCUUGGGAUAUGAUGAGGGGCUCCUCUCGGAUGAUCACGGGCUGGCCGCUGCGCUCUGGAGAACCUUCUUCAACCAGAAAUGUGAAGACCCCCGCCAGCUGGAGUUGUUGGUGGAGUAUGUGAGGAAGCAGAUACAGUACCUGGACUCCAUGGACGGGGAGGACCUGCUGCUGACUGGGGAAGUGAGAUGGCGCCCUCUAGUGGAGAAGAAUCCCCAGAGCAUCCUGAAGCCCAGUUGCCCAACUUACAACGACGAGGGUCUCUGAUGGGCCGGUCCCUCCCAGUGGCCGGCCAGCUAGCUCUGAAGGAACACCGGGGAAGCAGUGACUGUUUGGCUCAGGACCCUGCAGAAAGUGGUCUGAACUGACCUGUGAACAGCUUCUGGCAAAUCCCUGGCCCCAUUUGUGUUGAUUUUUUUCCUCUCAGUAUGUCCAAGAGUCUGAUCUUACGGGGCUUAGAGCUGGGAGCCUCCUAGCUCAUCUGGGGCCUCCUCCCUCAAGAAUCCCCGAGCAGGAGCUCCCUGACACAGACGUGCCCUUCCCCAGCCACGCAGUCGACAGCUUUCCCCACGAGCCAAAGAAGGGGUGGGGGCGGAAGGGGCAGCCCCCCUCCCAGCCCCCCCUGCAGCUCGGGAGCAGUUUGUGGUGCUCCCGAGCAAGACAGGUGACCAGGCUCCAUCUCCCGACCCUGAGCUAUGGGGCUGACAUGGCCAUUAAAAGAAACAGAGACUGAACUCUGCAUGGCUCCUUUUCAUUCCAGGGGCUUCUAGAAGCUUCGAGGAGGUAGCCGUUGCCAUCCGCUGAGGCGCAGAGCCAGGGAGUGGGAGUGGGUCAGGGGGUCUCUGCUGCUCCUCAUGGCCUGUCUGCGGAGACAGCACUGAUCUGGCCCAGACCCUGUCGUCCGAGACCAGAAGGUGGGGACGGGCCUCGGGAACAAAGGCCCCUUUGUCAUCUCGCCCACUGAGCUAGGGUGGGAACACGCUGUCUUCUGUUCCUCGGCUCCCCCUUAGGCGAGAUUUUGGGGGGGAAGAGAACGUUGUCCCGCACGCCCCAGGCCCACUGGCUUUCUGAGCCUGCCCAGCUUCUGCUGAGCACUGGCGCGUCGCCCCUCCUCCCGUGAGCACCAGCACGGGCCAUCUCUGGGGCGGGGGUGGGGGCGACGUUAAAUUGAAGAAAAGAGGUGGGGAACCACACUGCCCCCCCCAAGAAAACUUCCUUCAUUUAACUUGCUAUAAAAUGACUCAUAUAAAGAAACCCUAUAUGGGUGAGGUAUAUCCCACUUCUGUGAAAACAUUACAAAUCAAACCGCCUUCUCUGCGUUUCUUUAAGAUGCUUUUGUUGCGAGCAGAGCCCCAGAGUGAAGCCUCCUCUGUGUGUGUGAGAUAAUAACACCUUGUAACUCAUUACAGCUGGGCACUAUUUACAUAAACCAGAGCUGAGCCAGGCAGGAAUUUGCUGAUUAAUUUAUUUUUAAUGGAGUGAAGUAUACCAUGCACCAAAAUAAACUUUACUGUGUGUACCUAA